ACAGGAUGGGCGGCGGGGCUGCGCGGAGCGGCUGCCCCCUGCACCCGAGGCGGCGGCUGCCGCUGUUGCUGCUGGGUCUGUGCAGCUGGACAGCCGCCCUGCGAGGAAAUGAUAACAGUGAAGCCCUUCCAGAGUCUAUCCCAUCUGCUCCUGGAACACUGCCUCAUUUUAUGGAGGAACCAGAUGAUGCCUACAUUAUAAAAAGCAACCCCAUUGUCUUACGCUGUAAAGCUAUGCCAGCUAUGCAGAUUUUCUUCAAGUGCAAUGGUGAAUGGGUCCAUCAAAAUGAGCACGUGUCUGAGGAAAGCAUGGAUGAGACUACAGGAUUGAAAGUUCGAGAGGUGUUCAUCAAUGUCACGAGGCAGCAGGUGGAAGAUUUUCAUGGGCCAGAAGAUUACUGGUGCCAGUGUGUUGCGUGGAGCCAUCUAGGGACCUCAAAGAGUCGGAAGGCAUCUGUCCGCAUAGCUUAUUUACGGAAAAACUUUGAGCAAGACCCACAAGGGAAGGAGGUUCCUAUCGAAGGGAUGAUCGUUCUCCACUGUCGGCCACCCGAGGGAGUCCCUGCAGCCGAGGUGGAGUGGCUAAAGAAUGAGGAGCCCAUAGAUUCCAACCUGGAUGAGAACAUCGACACCAGAGCAGACCACAACCUCAUCAUCCGCCAGGCACGUCUCUCUGACUCGGGGAACUACACCUGCAUGGCCGCCAACAUCGUUGCCAAGAGAAGGAGCAUGUCUGCGACAGUUGUGGUGUAUGUUAACGGAGGCUGGUCGUCAUGGACUGAGUGGUCAAACUGCAAUGCGCGGUGUGGCCGGGGCUGGCAGAAGCGGUCACGGACCUGUACCAACCCUGCUCCCCUCAACGGAGGUGCCUUUUGUGAAGGAAUGUCAGUGCAGAAAAUUACCUGCACUUCUCUUUGCCCUGUGGAUGGAAACUGGGAGGUGUGGAGUGAGUGGUCUGUGUGCAGUCCAGAAUGCGAGCAUUUGAGAGUUCGGGAAUGUAUUGCACCACCUCCAAGAAACGGAGGGAAGUACUGCGAGGGCUUGAGUCAAGAGUCAGAGAACUGCACCGAAGGACUUUGCAUUCAAGAUAAAAAACCUCCUCAUGAAAUAAAAUCCCAAAAUAUUGAGACCGCCAGUGACAUUGCCUUGUACUCGGGCCUGGGAGCAGCAGUCAUUGCUGUAGCUGUGCUGGUGGUCGGCGUUACCCUGUACAGGCGGAGUCAGAGUGAGUACGGCGUGGAUGUGAUUGAUUCAUCUGCACUGACAGGAGGCUUCCAGACAUUUAAUUUUAAAACAGUCAGACAAGGGAACUCGCUGCUCUUGAACUCCUCCCUGCAGCCCGACUUGACGGUGAGCAGAACGUACAGCGGCCCCAUCUGCCUGCAGGACCCCAUGGACAAGGAGCUAAUGACGGAGUCUUCCCUCUUCAACCCCCUGUCAGACAUCAAAGUCAAGGUUCAGAGUUCAUUCAUGGUGUCCCUAGGGGUGACAGAGAGGGCUGAGUAUCACGGAAAGGGACAUUCAGGAACUUUUCCUCAUGGGAACAGUAGAGCGUUUGGUACAAUGCAGGCUAGAAAUAAGGCUACGUAUAUUCAGAACCUGUCUUCUAUUUCAACGCGAAGUGAGCUGAAGACAACUGCCAUUUUUGGACACCUGGGUGGCCGUUUAGUAGUUCCAAACACAGGAGUCAGUUUGUUGAUACCACACGGAGCUAUUCCUGAGGAGAGCUCGUGGGAAAUCUAUCUUGCCAUCACUCAAAAGGAGUCCAGCCUACAGCCAGAAGGCACAGAUGUUCUUCUGGGACCAGAAGUAACUUGUGGGCCCUCAGAGUUGGCCGUCAGCACACCCUUCGCCCUGACGAUACCACACUGCGCGGAAGUGAAUUCAGAGCACUGGAAUAUUCACCUGAAAAAAAGGAGCCAGCAAGGGAAAUGGGAGGAAGUGAUGUCUGUGGAAGAGGAAACUACUUCUUGCUACUGCCUGUUGGAUCCUUAUGCCUGUCACAUUCUCUUAAACAGCUUUGGAACUUAUGCUCUUAUUGGAGAACCGAUCUCUGACUGUGCCGUUCGACAGCUGAAAGUAGCGGUUUUUGGCUGCCUGUCUUGCAAUUCUCUGGAUUACAAUCUGAGAGUAUAUUGUAUGGAUAACACACCUUGUGCAUUUCAGGAAGUGGUUUUGGAUGAAAGACUCCAAGGAGGACAAUUACUGGAGGAGCCAAAACUUUUGCAUUUCCAAGGGAAUACCUUCAGUCUUCAGAUAUCUGUCCUUGAUAUCCCUCCUUUCCUUUGGAGAAUUAAACCAUUUACUGCAUGUCAGGAAGUCCCGUUCUCUCGCGUGUGGUGCAGCAGCCAGAAGCCGCUGCACUGUGCCUUCUCCCUGGAGCGCUACACUCCCGCCACCACCCAGCUCUCCUGCAAGAUCUGCGUCCGGCAAGUCAAGGGGCACGAGCAAAUCCUGCAGAUCCAGACAUCCAUUCUCGAGAACGAAAGGGAAACCAUCACGUUCUUUGCACAUGAUGACAGCAACUUCCCUGCACAGAUGGGUCCGAAAGCAUUCAAAAUCCCCUACUCUAUUAGACAACGAAUCUGCGCAACGUUUGACACGCCCAACGCCAAAGGCAAAGACUGGCAGAUGUUAGCACAAAAAAACAGCAUUAACAGGAAUCUCUCCUAUUUUGCUACACAAAGCAGUCCCUCUGCCGUCAUCCUGGACCUCUGGGAAGCCCGACAUCAACACGACGGCGACCUUGACUCCCUGGCCUGUGCCCUGGAAGAAAUCGGAAGGACACACUCCAAAAUCUCAGACAUAACAGAAACUGAGAUUGAAGAGCCUGAUUUCAACUACAGCAGACAAAAUGGACUUUAGUCCCUUUUCUCCAUUCAAGAACUGAUGGCCAGCUUUGACUACACUAGAGAAUCUCUUUGGCAGGGAGGAAAUAAGGGUUUCUGCGCACUGUGUAUGGAAACAGCCACUCAGUUCCACAAUGCAGUUCUCAGCUGGAGGAGCAGAAGCAGCCCUAUUAAAAAUCAUCUUGGUAAUAAGGAAAACACAAGCUUCUCCCUGUCCUCGCGCAUUUAAGAUUCAUGUUUUAAUGUCAAAAACGAAACUACAUAUCUAUCAUUCCUGGGGCAGGAAGGAGUGAGAUACAGAGCCAUAAAAGGUAAAUAUUAUGACAUAAUGUAUUUAGGAAACAGUAAUGCUAAUAAUAAUGCCUAGUGAACAUCAGCAAAUGUGAUACUGAAUAUUUAGAGCCACUAGAGGUUAACCCUAGUUUAAAGGUUUGUCUUCUUGGGGCCUUGACACCCCUUUGUCCUGCGUCUCUACCUUACCACACUUGCAGCCGGGGGUUAAAAUGUCAUUUGAUAGCAUCGUGUUGUCACUUUGUAUCUGCUACAGAAAAAAUCUGGCCUUAUUCUCUUCAGAUCUUUGAGGAAGUAGAAGGUCUCAUAACUAUUUAAUUGAUAUCAUAUGCAUUCCAAACAACUUAUUUUAAAAAUUCAGUCACUUAAUGAACGUACAUUUGCUGCAGAGCUUUCCUGCCUGUUUUGUUACCAAACUAACAGAACAAAACCCUUCUCUGUGAAAUUUGUGUGUGUGCGUGUGUGAGAAAGACAUUUUCUAGGGUUCUCAGUCUGCAAACUUUUACUUAGUCAAAAAAUGUUUCUUUGGGGGUGGGUUUAAAUAACCAAAUAAAACGCAGGAAAGUGGCAGCCCUAUUUUAGCAAGUUUACACUUUUUUUUUUUUUUUUAAAUUACUUCAUGUUCGGGGGCUAAACUAAAAAGUAAAGGUGAAGUCAAUCAGCACAGCUUAAUUUUCAUUUAUUUUCAGAUUGAAACAAUCAACCCCACACAGUACUGCCAAAAAUAGGCUUGAUUUGAUUGUACAAUUUGGAAAUUUCACAGAAUAUAAACCUGGCUGUGUUACACUUGCUUUAGUUACAAACAUACUGCAUUUACCUCCAAAACCAGAAUCUAACUAGAGAAUUGUGCUCAUUUUUUAUCCAUUUCAUAGAAAAAUAAUUUAUUACUUCAACUGAACCAAAAAGAGAGCUGUCACUGUGAGUGAGUGUCCUAGUGGGGCUGGUACUGAGCCAAAUUUAACCGUUAUUUUCACUCAUACAUUCUUUACAAUUAGCCAAGGUGCUCGUUAGCUCUGGCCCUAGGUAUCGGGUUUGGUGACGGGACCACAAUCAGUAUAAAGCAGGAACACAAACACGACUUUAGGAGCUUUAUGGAAACGCACAAGAAAUAGAAAACAAGCAUUGUGGGUUCUUUUUACCCCCGUAUUUGGCCAAGAGCAGCAUGAUAGGCUAGGUAUUUGCACAGGGCAGGUGCAAAUCUAGAAUAAUCUGAAAGAAUUUCUUUACCCAGGACUCCAGUUCUGAAAAGUAUGAUGAACAACUCUUAAGACUUUGCUUGUUCUUGCUGAUCUGAAACUGCAAAUUUCACUGCUUUCCCAGCUCAGCAGGCUGGAAUAGUCUUAGGCUUAUAAAUACUCAGACUUCCUCAAACAUUUUCUGCACUUCAGUAUUUCAUGCAGCCUGACAUGAGAGUUCCUGUUUGCAACGGGAAAUCAUAACGGCUGCAAGCAUAUUUAAGACUGAGACAAAAAUACCAGCUCAUUUGGCAGCAAGCUGUCACUGUUUUCAGCAGCACAUGGUUCUAUCUGUGUUUGAAUUAUAUUUCUAGUGACUUCCAGUCCUCCUCCUCAGAAACCUGUUCUUCAUUGGACAAAAUGUCAUGAAUUAAAAAAAUAGGGAAUGGCAUCCACAGAAAAGCGGUGGAGUUUUAGUGAGCUGUCGUUGUCUGGGAAACCAGCUACAGUCACUCUCCAGCAGUUAAUUUGUUCUCAGCUUCUCCUCAAAUGCAGUUUUAAUUUUCAAACUAGCUUGGGUUCGCUACCACAACAAAGACUUCAGUACUACCCUGCAGGUGCUGAAACAUGUUCAUGUCACUCUGAAGAGCUGUAUGUAUUUUCUCCUCUUGUUUUUCAAAUAUAUGUGAGCUACAUGCUGCAUAUGGGGUCAAAAAGAGCUGCUAUAUGGAGCUCAGACCUUAAAGUUUUUUCUCAGGAAACACAUAGUGUUUACUUUCAAGACUUGGGUAGCUUUGGAAAACCUGUAUGUACAGCGACACCCAGCUCUGCCUCCUGAGUGCUGGGUGAAGCGGGAGAGAAACCAGGAGCUGUACAAAGUACAUCUGAAAGGGCCUUCAGAGGGAAGGGAUCUGCGUUAUGCACCAAAAGCCAAGUUAGAUCCAAAAUCCAAUAAAAUCUAGUGUCUGAGUCAACAUACUCCGAAGGAAUAAAUGUCAAAGUGUCUUACAAUGCCCCAGAAGAAACCGUUCUGUUUUGGGCCUGAGGUAGGAUUUUAGGGUAUUGUUGUUGCCCUUUAGAGUUUGUUUCCUGGGUUUUGUUCGCUUUUGCUAAAGCAGCUUCUUUGUUACUGAUCUGACUUUUGCGAAUCUGAAUCAAGAACUCUGACUUUUUCUAACCUAUUAUUGUUUUGAUGCUCUUGUAUUGUUUAACUGGACUAGAAAUGCCACAAUACUACUUAUUUAUCUGUCUCCCAUCAGAAUGCGGUUUGAAACAGUACCCGAACCACCAGCUUACCUUUCUAACGUGAGCUUAUCUGGCUGUACACACGAGUCUUAUAAGACCUGCCAUGCUAUGUCGGGUGAAAAUCCACUUAGUCUUGUAUGGUAUCUCUAAGAGUGACUAGGAUUGAAAGUUUAGGGCAACAGUGUCAGAAACGGGCCCCGUACUAAAGGACUUCCUCAGCAGGGGGUUGCAUCUGCCCCACGGUGUCUAAGAAUCACCGGUACCUUCAAAAUACUGACUAAUCCCUUUGAACCCACUGAAGCACUUGGCCGUCAUAAACAGUACCUGGGAGAAACAAGUGCCACAAUCUUCUUGUGCAUUUUUUGAGCAGCCCUUCCUUCUCAAGCUUUCCUUUUAUUUAAGACAUGCUGCCUGGCACCGGGUGCCCCUAGUUCUGUGUAGUAUGGAAUACUGAGUAACUCUUACAUUUCCAGUUCUGCUCACUCUCUUGUCUAGGCCGAAAAACCCUGGUUUAUCCUACUUCUUUGAACAUCCUUGCUGUUAUUCUGUCAUUUCUAGUUCUGUGUCUUUUUGGAGAUGGAGUGACCAAUAACCUGCUUUUCCACAGGAACGCAGGCUCAAUUACACAAUUCCUCCAUUUCCUCCGUUUCUUGCUGUUCCCACACUCAGUAUCAAUCCCAGAGGAUUAAGAUCUUGCUAUAGCAUAAAGCCACAAGAAACACCUGCAGUAGAGUGCGAUAGAGAAUACAGUAACUGACUUCACGAUGCAAAUUACUCAAGCAAAUACAUCCUGAACAUCCAGAAAAUAAAACCUGUGAGGAAAAACUACGUAACUUAAAAAAACCAAACACUGAAGUGAGAGAGAAGAUAUCAAAAUCAUUAAAAAUCUUAAGAAGGUAAUUAUUUGUUCUCCUCGAUGACGAUGGAUAUUGGUAAGCAGUAACUGGAGAAUAAGAACUUAACUUAGACUUCUGAGUGGAAAAAUACGCUACCGUUAUUUUGUAUUCCCUCCCCCCCCUUCUGUUGAUGACCCGGUCCCUCUGGUAGGGCCAGGCCUGUUUCACCCGCUUGCGCUCUGUUCUGUGUCAGCAGCGCGGGCUGGCAUUCAUAGCACUAAGCACUUGCACUUACAGAGGCUUAUCCCAGUUCUUCUCCCUUUUUUGUGCACAGUCCCAGUUUUAGAGAUGGAGAAAUUAAAAUGGUUUUUAGGUAAAUGCUUUUGCUACCAUAUACACGAGGCAGACACAUGGAUUUUGUUACCAUUAGCAAACAGCUCAACAGUACAAGAUGUUAGGUGUUUGCUUCCUGUUUUCCACAGUAGAAAGCAGCUGACUUUUGCCAGCUCCCCCCAAGCCUGCUGUAAGUAUGCUUUGCGAUAAAGUAUUCUCUCAGAAUGGUAAUUCAGAAUUUACCUGCAAAUACUGUAUAAAUAAGUGUGUUGACCAUUAUUAGCAAUCUUAAAAUUCCUGAAGCACAUUUUUAACAUCUAUAUUAAAAAGAUUUUUUUGGCAAUCUGUAUACCUAUAUAUAUGAUUUGAUCCAAAACACAGAUGUAAAGGAACAUCUGAAGCAGGAUUAGAGGCCAGAAAUUAAAAAAAUUAAUAUUACUUAUAUUACUUUUGAAAAAUAAUUGUAAAAAUCUCUUCACAAACAAGAAAGCAAAAGAAAGAGAAAUGUAAUGUUACACACUUAAGAUUCCAUCUAGCUGCUCUGAGUCUGAUAUGGUGCAAUAGCCAUUUUGAUUUUACAUCACCGAAGAAUCUGCUCUGGCUUAUUUUCAUCUUCCUAAGCACUUUUCCCAGAUAUUUCUGCACUGUGAGUCAUUUAAGACUAAUAGUUGCAUUUUAAAAAUGACUUACUAUUUUGUCACCAAAAUGGUGCACUUCACAGCUCCGCCAGACUGCAGCAUCGUAAAGCUAAUUUACAGUUUUUACAACACUGCUUUUGCAGUCUUACUAGUUUACAUUAAAAUCCUUUAAGCCACAAGGAAAGGAACCCUGCUCUGUAGAUUUAAAUUCAAACUUCAUUUACCAGUGCAAGUCCCAUAAACCCAAGACGUACUUCCACAAAAAUUUUAUUGGGCUUUUUGUAAUAGAUGAAAAGAUAUCGACACAAUUCUCUUAAAAUACAGGGAACUAUUUUUGUUAUUAUUUUUAUCUCUGGCAACAGCUGGCCUCCUCUACGGGCCUGUGCACAGCUUGCUUUCAGCAGGUUGAGGGAGAAGCUUAUUCAGCACAAAUCACGGAGAGGGAUCUUGUUGUAGGACUACACGGCAGUAACAUCAUACCAAAGGUCCUCUUUUUUUUUUUCUUUUCACUUGAAAGAAAGUGCUGUAUGAGAGUUCUAAAACAUUUAGUAACCGAUCAAUUCCAGAUAAUGUUUCCCACCACAAAAAAUACAGCUGAUGUAUACAGUGCAGCUGAAACAAGUAGGGAACUGUUGUGGACUCCUGUUCAUGAUCUGAAUAUUUUUUUUCAGUCUGUUUCUGCCCAUAAAACACAGAUUUAAGUAAAGGCCUGCAUUAUUUCUUGGAUGUUAAUUCACUGAGUGGAAACCAGAAAGUUACUUUUAAGUCCUAAACACCUGAGAAUGAUCUGAAGAUUUGUCUUUCUAGCCUGCGUUUUACUAAUUUGAAUUGUACUUAGGAAGUUCUCCCACAUUUUACACAGCAGUAGAGAUGGUUAACGCUUUUCACUGAGAACCUUUUUCAUGUUGAACCUGCUGAAGAGCGUUUCUGUGGGUUGUUCCAUGGCGGUAGAAGUACUCCCUGGACACUCUUCCUGCUUCAGAAGAGGCUGGCGGGUUUGCCGCAGCAGCACUUAAAUGGCACAUAUAUUCUUUCUUGGAUAUAGAAUGAUUAUCUAGUUAAAAUUACUUAAAACUUAGAGGAUUCCUGAGCAAACACAGUAACUUAAAAUACUAGGUAUAUAGCACACAAUACCUGUAGCAACAAAUAAAACUCAGUAUGAUGGCUAAAGAUCACGAAUCAUUUUCUAGAAAUGCAGUCUCUUUUCUCUCAUUGCCAAUACUAGCAUAAAUGGUAGCAAAAAUCUCCUUUCCAACAUGGACAAAAGAAAUAAAUCACUCUAAGAUUAAAGAGUCACUUCGAGAAUCAUUUGAUAGUAACAGUGUCCGCAAUGCAGAAAACAGAACUGAUGUUCUGCUCAUUGCCGCAAGUAAAAGAAAAAUCUGUCAGUAUCCACGUUCACUGUUCUGUCCAAAAAAUAAAAUAAGUGUCUAGAAAUUUGCCACUAUAUUUUUUGUAUUAGAGGUGAAUAGUACAGAUUCUGCUAGUGUUUCUUGUCUGGGGCUUGGGUAGGGGUGUAUUGUAAUUUUCAAGCUAUUGCAAAAGCUGCUUUUAAAUAAGCUGUUCAAUUGUAUUGAAUAACUGGUUUGUGCUUUACAAGGGAAUCCAGGUGAGCCAGGACUCAAUGCGAAGCCUCCUUGCCUUGCUCUCACAGGGUAACUAGAGCUGAAGUCACUUGUGAAAUUUAGCUAAGGGAUAGGGAGAUUAGAUGGCCCAUCCCGGAUCUGUAAUGUAGUGUACUGUAAUCUAAUGAGAUUAGACACUCAGCUACUGUAGAACCGUGGUUUUGUCAGCAGCUGCUUAGUUUGUCUGCCCCUGGUGUGAUAACCUUGGUUGAGAAUGUACUUCUGCAGAUUUAAGAUGAUGUCAAACCCCUGUGUUAUCUGGUCUCUGUAUAUAAAUCUUAUUGUCUAAUCCCAAAAGGAAAUGUGUAGCACAAAAUGAAGUUAAGGGUGUUCUGCACCAAGCCUGGUUCAAGGCUUUUUAGAUACAGCAGGAAGGGGAAGACGUGGAUCUAACAGCAAGUGUAUUUGCUACAGAGAACAAGAAUGUUUCCUAACAAUUCCUCACUUAGAACUGACUGAAGCUUUGUUUUUGCAGUUUAAAAAAAUGUUAAGACCUGGUAUUUCCCAUACUGAAAUUUGGAAUGUUAACUAUAUGGUGACAUUAUGCGUUCAAGCAAUUCCUUCAGUUUUCCCUGAUUUGUGCACUGAAGUUGGAGGGAGGAACAUUUUUACAUGAAGCUGUAAGCUUUUGCAUUCUUUCCACUUUCAAUCUAAAACCCAGAUGCCAUUACUGGACCUCACAAAGUUCCCUGGUGCAUCAGUAAGCAGUACACACAUAUGCACAUACAAAUAAAUAAAUAAAUAUAUAUAUAUAUGUGUGCCUCACGGGGGUUCUGGCAUAUAUACACUUCUGGUACAUAUUUGGGAACAAAAACCUGACGUCACAGAGUUUGUGACUUUGGAGAUGUAGCUGCCUCCUUCCACCUCUUAAUCAAAGUCAUGCCCACUGUGACCCUGCUGAUCUCAGUUUACACACAGGUACAAAGCCGUUAAGUGUUCAUCUUUUGGUUAUCCUUGGAUGAAGUAAAAAUGUGAUGCUGGUCAGUCUGGUGAGACUUAAAACAGUGUUGUGCAUGACUGGAGCUAACUGAAAAAUUUCCAUUACAUUUUCGACUUUCAAAAUUUUUGACCAGCCUUUUGGUGAAAAGGGGAGGGGGAACUUCCACGUAAUCAAAUACAAAACAAAUGAUUUUUGUAAAAAGAGGGAAAACCCACAAGUAUUCCUCUAGAGAGACCUAUUUUCUCUUCUGCUCCUUUAUUUUUGCAAUUAAUGGGUUUUGAAAAUGUUGGUUCUUGCUCAUUUGACUGAGCGUUCUUCCCUCCCCCCGCUUCUCCCCACGGUUUCAGUGUGUUUAGAACUGAAAAAAAGAGCAGAGGUUUGAAUGCUUUCUUUAGUAUGAAGCUGAAGGAGUAGGGAAGAGACAGAGGAACGUUAAAUAAAAAGCAUGGCCUUGGCUUCAUACCACACUUUCUGUGCCUUGUUCUAUCAAUGUAAAUUCUGAAUGUUGUACAGUAAAAUACUUGGGAAAGACUCCUUGGAAAAGGCUGCACUGGCUUCUUUUCUCAGCACAUGUACAUAUAUAAAUAUAUAUACAUAUAUAUAUUUGGUAAUGCCAAACAGCUGUGUUAUAUUGUACGGAAAAAGUAAUAAUGGACAGUUUGGAUGUUUUAUGUAGAGUUUGCAGAAAUUGUAUGGCUAUAGCCUUUUGAAGAUAAAUGUACAGACGUAAAUUACUGCAUAUCAGUUAUUUAUGAAUAAAGAGUCUUUUACUGA